GGGAGAACUGAGACAGGUUUCUCCCAGCAGAGAGUGAACAGACUCUGAGGUGAACAUUUUCACCGCCAGCCAAUCCCCGUUCCUCGUGGAGCGCGUCAUUAUAUAGAGUAGCCAAUAGCAACUUGGACAGGGUCUCCACUCGUCCAAUAGGAGCAGAGCUGCCUGUAUUGGGCGGGUCUUGGAGCCUGCAGCACUGAGGAGGCUCCGGAUGCGCUGCUGUCCAUCCGAACCCGAACCCGGGAUGGAAGACCUUCUGCCCGGACACCGUGGAGCCCGACGGGCCUCAGAGUAGCGAGCUGCCGGGUGUCUGUGCGGAGGGCCUCAUGCGGUUCCACAGUCCCUCUGAGCCUCCACUGUGAUGGAUCCCAGUGCGCGCUGAGUCCUCCACAGGGCGCACUAGAACCCUCAAACAUCCAGGAAUUAGCCGCUUCCUUCGGAACACCUGGAAAUACAGUAUGGGAACGUGUUGAGGCAGAGGGACACAUCUACAGACGUCCCCUGCUAUGAGACACCUGGACAGGAACUGACUGAGACCAGAGACCAGAGACAGAGACCAGAGAGCAGAGACCAGAGACCAGAGACCAGACCAUGAAGGAGAAGUCUAAGAACGCGGCCCGGACCCGGCGGGAGAAGGAGAACAGUGAGUUUUAUGAACUGGCCAAACUGUUGCCUCUUCCGUCUGCCAUCACCUCCCAGCUGGACAAAGCGUCCAUCAUCCGGCUGACCACCAGCUACCUGAAGAUGAGGAUAGUCUUCCCUCAAGGUCUCGGGGAGUCCUGGGGUCACGUGAGCCGCAGCACUUCUCUGGAUGGAGUCAGCCAGGAGCUAGGCUCCCAUCUCUUACAGACAUUAGAUGGCUUCAUUUUUGUGGUGGCUCCAGAUGGGAAAAUAAUGUACAUAUCAGAAACAGCAUCAGUCCACUUGGGCCUGUCGCAGGUAGAGUUGACAGGAAACAGCAUUUAUGAAUACAUCCAUCCAGCAGACCAUGACGAGAUGACAGCCGUCCUCACAGCACACCAGCCGUACCAUUCACACUUUGUUCACGAAUAUGAGAUGGAACGCUCCUUCUUUCUGAGAAUGAAAUGUGUCCUGGCUAAAAGAAAUGCUGGUCUGACCUGUGGAGGCUACAAGGUGAUCCACUGUAGCGGCUACCUGAAGAUCCGUCAGUACAGCCUGGACGCGUCCCCAUUUGACGGCUGCUAUCAGAACGUGGGGCUGGUGGCCGUCGGUCACUCGCUGCCGCCCAGCGCUGUCACUGAGAUCAAACUGCACAGCAACAUGUUCAUGUUCAGAGCCAGCCUGGACAUGAAGCUCAUCUUCCUCGACUCGCGGGUUGCAGAGCUGACAGGCUACGAGCCUCAGGAUCUCAUAGAGAAGACUCUGUAUCAUCAUGUUCACAGCUGUGACUCCUUCCACCUCAGAUGUGCUCAUCACUUGUUGCUGGUGAAAGGUCAGGUCACCACUAAGUACUACCGUUUCUUGGCCAAGCCUGGUGGCUGGGUCUGGGUCCAGAGUUAUGCAACCAUCGUACACAACAGCCGCUCAUCCCGACCUCACUGCAUCGUCAGUGUCAACUACGUCCUCACGGAGACGGAGUAUAAAGGCCUCCAGCUUUCUCUGGACCAGGCCACGUCCAAGGCCUCUUUCCCCUACAGCAGCAGCACCGCCAGCCUUACGGAGAACUGCAGAACUCCCAAGAGCAGAGUAUCCCGGCCCAAGACCAAAGCUAGACUCUCGCCAUAUACACAGUAUCCUAGUUUCCAGGCGGAGCGGUCAGAGUCGGACCAGGACAGUCCAUGGGGCAGCAGCCCCCUCACCGACUCAGCUUCCCCUCAGCUGCUGGAGCAGAGUGAAGGCCUGGACACCUCCUGUGUGUACAGGCAGCUCCCUGAUCCCCGCACGCUCUGCUACAACUUGUCUGAAGAGCACCAUCACACCAUUGGCGACAGCUACACACACCUCCACACGCAGGGUCAAGGCCAGAGUUGCGAGCGAGGCCGAUGUGAGGCGGGGCGAUAUUUUCUAGGAGCACCUCCGCCUGGCAGAGACGCGUGGUGGGGCACCGCCCGGUCCGUCCUACCACUGAGCAAGAGCUCCUUGGAGAACCACGAGGGAUAUGACAGCAGCGUGCCGCACAUCACAGCCAUCCACAGCUACAAUGGCCGGGGCCACUGGGACGAGGAUAGCGUGGUCAGCUCUCCAGAUGGAGGCUCAGCCAGUGACUCAGGGGAACGGUACCAAGCUGACCACUACCGCUGUAGCUCCCAGGAACCCAGCAAGAUUGAGACGCUGAUCCGGGCCACGCAGCAGAUGAUUAAGGAAGAAGAGAGUCGAUUUCAUCUGCGCAAGGGCCCUCUGGAUGCCCCACUGGGGCCGGCCAAUGGGCUGCCCAAGGGCCCUGGCCCAUGCUUCACUCCCGAGUAUACUCAAGGGCCCCUGCCGCUACAGACCGUGGUGUGUCGAGGUUUGAGUCAGGUGAUCAGCCCUGUGCCUAGUCCCGCCCCCCUGUCCAGGCUCAGCAGUCCAGGUCCUGAGCACCUCCACAAGCCCAAAGACUACCUCCAAACAGACCUGUCCCCCAUUUCUUUGCCAUUACACCACCCAUUUGGUCGGCCGGGUCCGUGCUCGGCUUCCCCCACCUCGGCCCCAGCCCUCUACCCCUCCCAAGCCCGCCCACGGCCCUACUUAGACAAGCAUAAAGCCUACUCCCUGACGGGCUACACUCUGGAGCACCUCUAUGACUCAGAGAGCCUGCGGGACUACUGCACCUCCACCAGCACUGGCCCCACCCACUACGAUGUACCCCCUCACCUCCGCAUACCAGCAGAGCAGACCCCCGGACAUAAAGGCACCUCUGUCAUCAUCAGCAACGGCAGCUAACACCCAUCGAACACCGUAGUGGGACUGCGCUCACACAGCCUGAGCUGGUUCGCUCCGUUACAACAUCAAGCCAUCGUUAUUCUGGAUCAUGUUAGAUCAUGUUCUGGAUCAUGUUAGCCACUUUUUCCAUCAUACCGAUCAUUUUAUUCAAACUGUUGCCUCAUUAUAGAAAUACAUUGUAGCUACAUUUCCCCCCAAAUGUUGCACUAACAUCAAUUUGUAAAGAACAGUCAGUGUUGAAUUAACCCUUACUCCAACAGUCAGUGUUGAUUUAACCCUUACUCCAACAGUCAGUGUUGCUUUAACCCUUAGUCCAACAGUCAGUGCUCAUUUAACCCUUACUCCAACAGUCAGUGCUCAUUUAACCCUUACUCCAACAGUCAGUGCUCAUUUAACCCUUACUCCAACAGUCAGUGCAUGUUUCUCUCAACGGGUGAGUGGAAACAACAAGAUCACAUAAUUAGCCAUGCCUGUAAUUCUGGUAAAUAGUGUUAAUGUAUUGCAGCCUUUCAUCUAAGACUGACUUUAUGUUACUUUGAUGAACUGAUUUGUUUCUCUCUGUCCCAAAAUCUGGUACAAAAUUUUAGACCCGAUGCAUGCAUAGAUUUUCAAACAAGUGAGACCCAAUCCAAAAGCGACCUAAAAAUAUUCAGACCUGACCUGCAUAGACCCAAGGAAAAUGGGAUCUGUUCCAAAGUGUGGUUGACCCAAACAGUCAAGCAUGACAGCUGCUUGAUGCUCCACCAGUCAAUGAGCAGCCAUGCUAAAAAAAAUAGGGUUAGGGUGUUCAGAUAGCGAUUCUGCUUGGAUCCACUGGAGCCGGGUUUCCACAAAAAGUUCCCGUGACUUUUAGCCCCUGGAACUACUUUUAAAGGAACCAAAAGGUUCCUUCAGCCCACUGUUGUCUGUGUUUACACCGCAGCCUAAAGACCUGCGAAGGCAAAUUAGUCCGCUGACAUGUGAAAAAGCAACAUGACAUGUGACGAGGGCUGCUGGUGGUCUCAGCGGUAAACACUCUCUGCAGCCUGACGUUCAGUGUGCUAUAAACAUUAGCCUUUGUCUCACUGCGACAAUAUCUACUGCUGCCUAGCAGGACUAUUUACUGAUGCACGGUGGAUGUAAUGAAUGAAAUACAGAGGAGGAAAAUGAAACUAAGAGAGUAAAUCAUCUGGUGAGUGUUUGAUCAAAUGUUCCUGGAGCUUAAUUUAGAUCCUGGUCCCUGCAGUCGAAACGCAAUGGGUUCCUCAAAAGGUUCUUAGUAACAGGGGAAAGUUCUUGGUGGAAACGGGGCUUCGGGUAUUAGGCUUAUUUACACACAGUAAUACUACAGCACCCCACCAGGUUUGGUUAGGUUAAGGGACAAAUAGCAUUUGGUUGGUGUUAGGGAAAGAUUAAAAUAAGUAUUUCUUUAAGGUUAGUGGACCUUCCUGGUUUGGGUUCAAAUGUUAGGGGACCUUCCUCAUCAUGGUUGCACUACGGUAAUAACCACGUGGUUAAGAUUAGGAAACAAUCGUGGUCCUAACUGUCAGUUUGAAAGCAGAAACAAACCGCAGUCUCCCGGUGUUUUGUCGACCCACUCACCCACCCUGACCUCCUCCCUACGUUGACUUUGUUGCUCUAUAAUAACGUCACCUGAUUUCCUCCUUUCUAAGUCAAACUUGAGUGAAAAAAACAAACAAUGCUUUGGUCCAAAUUGAUCAGUAUGAUGGAAAAAUGGCAAACAGGGCUGGGUAGAAAACAGCUGAAGUUCUGCUUUAACAUCCGCCCCAGUGUGUGAAACCUUUUGCACUAUAAGAGAUGGAGAUUUUGUGAAGAGGUCUCCUUGUUUUUCAAUGCAUUUGGAUGAGGAGAAUUGACAGGGUUGGUGCACUUUGCAGUGAUGCAGAGCGCAGGUUGGCCUUGAAAUAAAGCCUGUGUCAUUUUAAACUUCACAGACUAAUAUGCAAAGCCAUUCUCUAGAUGUUUCUGUUCUCUCAGUUUUGGUAUCUUGCAGGGAAGUAAAUGCAGUAAAAAAAAAGGCAGAUACAUUGAUGACUCUCUGGGUGCAUGAUGAAUAUGAUUGUACAGUGAGAACCAUGGAUUGAUUGUUGGACAUAUUUUAAUGGUUGACACAGGACGUCUGCUGCUUUGAUAUUCGGUAUAGUGUUUGAUUGGAAAGAAAAUAAAAUUACUUUUUACCAGAAGUAUAUGACAGAAGCUAUGGAAUCAUUUGUGAUUGACUGUAGGAAGACUGACAGACCAUAUGCAAUUCAACCCAUUGGAAUACCAGGUGAGGUAAGGCAGCUUGAUUAUGUUCAUCUUGACAGAUCCCUGAAGCAACUGUUCAUUAUUGUUAUGUGGGCAUGUUUGUAUAACAGGAUUCAGGAUUUCUCUUCUUCUUCAUGUCCUCCUCAGUCCUAGAUGAACCUAUAUUUAUACAAGUUUGGAUUUUUUUUUUUUUCAUAUUGUCAAAGCCUGAAAUGUGCUUCAUCUCUUAAAGUUAUUUAUGGUGUACUGUAAAUAUGCUCAAAAAAACAAAUCUCACCCCAUUCAAGCACAUGGGCAAAAACUGUAUUUAUUGAGUAAAUGUUUCUUUAUGAUUUUGAAAUAUAGCUGAAAUCAAAUCCCGUCUGCUUGUAUAUUGAGUGUGUUUUUGACUGAAGCAAAUUCUAAAAGAGGACAAAAUAAAAUCAUUUUGCAGA